AUGAGCAUCCCCAUCACCUUCCCCGCGUCCGCCGCGGGCGUGUUCAGCAUCGACCUGUGGGGGAACCUGCUGGCGGAGCUCCCGACGGAGGUGGCGCUGCUGACGGAGCUCAAGGUGCUGAACCUCGCGGCGAACCGAAUCACGACGCCACUGGAGGACAUCGCGUGGAGCGAGCUGGUGGCGCUGGAGGAGCUGUACCUCGGCCGCAACGCCAUCACCGGCACCGUCCCCACGGACCUCGCGGCGCUCACUGGGCUGAGGCACCUGCACUUCCACACGAACCUGCUAACGGGCUCGCUGCCCGACGAGCUGACGCUGCUCACGGACCUUGUCUCGCUGGACAUCGGACUCAAUGUGGCUCUGGGCGACAAACAAGAUUUUCCCGCGGGGUUCAGUGAGCUGCAGUCGCUGACGCGGCUGGUGUUGAUUGGGGAUGACUUUGCCGGGCUUCUGCCGCAGCCGUACUUGGGGGCGGAGCCGGGGUUCUACCUGGACGUGCGGAACAACUCGUUCACGGGGUCGCCCUUGGUGCGGGAUGUGUGCCCCAACUCGCGGCCCAACCGGCUGCGCGUGGCGUGGAACUGCCUGGAUGACGAGACGGACUGCUCGACCAGCCAGCGCGUCACGUGGGGCGCGGGGAAGCCCUGCGCGAACUGGCUGCGCGUGACGUGCAACUCCGCGGGGGACGUGCUCCGCCUCAACUUCACUUCUGCUAGCAUGCGCUGGAAGACCGCGGGGAUCCCCAUCGCGCUCACGAACCUCACCAAUCUCGACACCCUUAUCCUCGCCAAUAACGAGAUCGUCGCCCCGAUUCCGUGGUACUUAUCGAAGCUGCCGAAGCUGAAGCGCCUCGACCUAAGCAACAACACGUUCUACGGCGGAACGAAUCAGAUCUGGACGCUCACCAAGCUCACCUUCCUCGACGUUUCCAAGACGCUCCUCCGCGGCGCGCUUCCGCCCGCCAUCAGCGGAUUGGCCGAUUUGGUGGUUCUCAACGUCAGCGAUUCGUACUUCUCUGGACCAAUCCCGGACGCGUUUUCGAGUCUGGCGAAGCUGCAGUUCGGCCAAUUGGACCGCUGCUUCUUCACCGCCCUCCCCGCCGCGCUUCCGGAGCUCGUGGAUGGCGCGUUCACCUUCACGGCGUCGGGAAACCUCUUCUCGGACAUUCCCGCCACCCUCCUCGCAUCUUCCGCCGCGGUUGACACGCUGGACCUCUCAUCCAAUCGUAUCACUGCCCUCCCGACGGAAAUCUCCCUCAUGAGCGACCUGCGCCAGCUCAACCUGGCCAACAACCAGCUAAGCAUCGCGCUGGCUGACGUCACCUGGAGCGGGCUUCCGAGCCUAGAGGUGCUGAACCUGGGGCUUAACGAGAUCACGGGUUCGAUUCCUGCUGAGGUCAGUGACCUCUCCAACCUCAAAACGCUGCAGCUGCAGAACAACACCCUCAGCGACGCAGUUCCCGAUGAGAUUGGAUCGCUGGUGAAUCUGACAGCGCUGGAUCUGAGCAACAAUGGCCUCACGGGCGAUCUCCCAGAUAGCCUCAACGCCCUCUCCUUCCUGCUGCGCCUCGUGCUCGCUAAUAACCAGUUAACCGGCCCACUGCCCCAGCCUUACCUUGGCGCCAAUAGCAAGUUCUUUCUGGAUGCCCGAAACAACUUGUUCACGGGGUCACCACGCGUGAAGGGCAUUUGCCCGAAUGCGCGCCCGGCAAAGCUACUGGUGACAGGGAAUUGCCUGGAUGACGAGCAGGGGUGCACCACGGUGCAGAACACAUGCGGCCCAACAGUCCUGAUCGAUGAGUGGCUGCCAGUUUCCCCGCCUCCAGCCAGCGCCACUGUCGCCGCGAGCCACGCAAACGACUCAAUCCAGAUCGUCGCUUCUCACCCCGCCGCCUUCGCCAGCGCCCUCUCCUCCCCGCCGGCCAAAGCGGCCGACACCGGCGGCAGCGGAGCGACGGCGAGAAAGCGCCGCCGUGAGGCCUUGGCGGGUGCCAGCAAGCAGCCGAAGCGGACGAGGGGGAAGAAGGAGAAGGCUCCGUUGACCGAGUCAACCGUCGCAACUGGCGGUGAGUGGAAGCAAGUGGACGCUCUGAACGCGAGCGCCUCGGAUUCUUGCGAUCAACCUGAGAGUGCUCCGUCCUCCCCCACUGCCCCCGCCUUCCCGCGCGACGGAUUAGCCGCGCAGCGCAAGCGCGGCGGGGAUUCGGCCAGUCUCGCGGCGCAGGCUCCCGCGCCGAUGAGUCUUGAUACGAGCGCACGCGCCAAUCGCGGCGCGAAACAGAAGGCAGAUGUUGCUGUCGGGCAGCCUCUGGCGAAAAAGUUGUUGCAGCGACGUUCGCUACUGCCUUCUCCAGCGCCCAUCUUUCGCCAAACGCUCGGGGAGCUUUGGAGCUUUCUUGACCCCACGUUCAGUGCCUCCGAACCUGCUUCCAGUCUUGAGCAACCGACCAAGUCCGGACCGAGCCAGAGCUUCAGCCUCGGGCAGGAAGCAACCACCAGCGAGCCGCCUACUCCGAGCGCGCAGAGCUGCCUUCAGCGAUGCCCCACGGACGCGGCGGCUGCGGAGGGGGAUGCAGCAGAGGCGAAUGGUUCGGGAUCUGAGGGCGCCGUGGGCUUGAUCUGCGCGCAGGCGAGCGGCGGUUCGGCAGAUGCGGAAGAAGGGUCGCUGGGCUCAGUGAUUGGCGGCGAGAAACGCGGAGCGUCAAAGACGGCGUCAAUGUCGGCGUCCGCGAGAGCGCGCAGCAACGGGGGCGCCAUUACGGCGAGGCAGGUGGCGGUGUUGCGGGAGGCGGUAGCAACGGCUCACUCCGCGGGGACGGCGGUCGUCGCGCCCGCGGGGAGCUCCGCCGCGGAUGGGGGGGCUUCGAUAGGCCAGCAGGGCGCGGGAGACGGGGGAAAGCGGCGCGCGCGAAGGCCGUUCUCGCGGCAGGGCAGCUCCAACGCGCCGCACGUGGCCGCGCGCAAUGGCAAGGCGGCGGGCGCGCGUGGCGCGCAGAGGGACGCCGCAGAUGGCGCGGAGGUGGCGCGAGGGGAAUCAGCAACGCCGGGACGGUCGCUGGGCUCCGCCGCGGCUCCUGCUUCCGCCUCUGCUGCUGUGCCCCCUCCUGCUGCUGCUGACCUGUCUGCGUCCUAUGCUGACGUGUCUGCGUCCCAGGCUGACCUGUCUGCUUGCAAAGGUGGCGCCCCUCCCGGUUCGCAUGCACCUGCGCCUCUCUCUCCCCGUCCCGCACGCCCUACCUCCCCACCCCCACUCUCACCCGCCUCCUCACCCCCUCUUGCCGCCCCUUCACUCCCCUCGCCCAUCUCCCCACCGCAACCACGCCCUCACGUGGACGGCAGCAGCAGCAAGAGCCUGCUGGCCGAGCUCUCGUUAGAAUCACCCGCUCUAGGCCCACAGGGCCCCUCGUUUGAAUCACAACUGUAUGAAUCGCCCGAUUGGAGCGGCUCUCCAGCUCUCUCGUUACAGGCACACUCCAUGCCGUCACUGUGGCCUGACGAAGGCACUUCGGACCUCCCACGCAUGCCUCUGGCCUGCGCUGGCGAGCAAGGCUCGGGCGCCGUGCCGAACCUGCUGCCGAGCCUGGAGUGGCAGAUGGCCACAGGUUUGGAAUCCAGGGAGCAGGCCGAGGUGGACUGGGCUCGCCUGCCAGACCUGGACGAACUGCCGAGCCCCUCGCCUCCGCUACCGAUCAUGGAUCCGAGCCUGGCACCGAGCCUGCCGGCCAGCCUGGAUGGGGUGGCAAGCCUGGCAUACUGUGAGCAAGGGGGAAUCAGCGCGGGGUGGCGACCAGCGCAAGAACAACAGCAGCAGCCCGACCUGCAAGAGCAAGAGCAGCAACGGCAAGAGGGGGGCCUUGAGGAGUGGGCACAACUACAUGGCUCUGAGAAGAUUUGUGGGAAUGGGGAUGGAAACGCGGAAGGCGCGGUGGAAGGCGGCAAGGGAGGCGCCGUGGAGGGCGCAGAGGCCCACGAGGCAGCGGUGAGUGCGGAACAGAGAGGUAUGACGGACGGUGGUGAGCGGUGGAGUGCACACGAUGGGGGUCCUCUGGCAGAGCCCACUCUGCCUGAAGGUGCACCGAUGAACCAGCCCUGCUUCCUGAUUGGCCAGUCCCAGCCAUCGCAGCCAAUGAGCACGGAGGAGGCUGCCAGCGUGGCACCAAUGGACUUUGAGGCAGCUGCCAGCGUGGCAGUGAGUGCAGAGCUGUGGGAUUCGCCUCACGCCAUGAACGCCAGUGGCCUGGAGGGGAUGGAAGGCGAGGAGGGAGGAGGAGGGGUGUGGGAGGAGCUGGACGUGGUGGUGUGCGGUGUGAAUGGAGUUAUGAGGGGUGCUGGUGACAUGGAGGACAGGGGCGAGGGGGUGAGAAGGGAGUGGGACCUGGCUUCGGUGGUGCGCGAAUGCACAGCGGCCUGCCUCUCCCCCACGCCACCCACCGCUGCUCCCCCUGCUGUCAUCGCACCUCCUCAACCUCCCGCACUCACCGCCCCUCUCGCCUGCCUGCCUACUGCUGCCGCCUCUCCAUCCCCCAGCAGCGGUGGCAGCAUGGGCGGCAGUUGCUUAAGUCCCCAUCCCGCUCAUCUCGCUGUGCCUGCCUCUGUGCCUUUGCCUGCUGCUGCUUCUUUGGCUGCUGCUGGCAUUGCUGUUGCCGCCCCUGCUGUUGCUACUCCACCCACUGCCAUCCAAGCUGCCACAACGUUUCCACUUGCUACUGCUGCUGCUGCUGCUGCUGCUGCUGCUGCUGCUGCUGAGAUCAGCCCUCACCCCCUUGCCUCCUCCGCUCCUUCUCUCGCGUCUCCCUCGCUCCCUCUCGACCCCCGCCAGAGCAGCUGGGCGGCAGCGUGCCAGGCGGCACACCGCCGCCCAGAGAGCAGUAAGGCCAGCUCUUCUGUCUCUGCUGGUACUACUGCUGCUGGCACUGCUGUUUCUGGCACUGCUGUUGCUGCCGCCAUCCCGCCUCCCCUGCCAGGGCGCGCUCUCAGCUGCAGCAGCCUCUCUCUUGCCCGCUCUCAUGCCCCCACCCGCCCUCCGCUCGACCGCACCCUCAGUGGCAGAGCGCCGGCAGCAGUGCUGCAGACGCAGUCACAGGGAGCAGCGCACACACCGCACACAGGCCGGGGCAGCAGCAGCGGCCGUUUUGGCAGUGGUGGGCAGGGGGUGAAGGAGCAGGAGGGGGUGGUGCAGCUGCUGUCGCGCGUGGCGACGGUGGAUUGGGAGGAGGUGCGGCGGCCCAUGUCCCGGGCGGCACAGUCCAUCCAGUGCCAUUGGGCCCGGCGCCGCCUCAGCUCCACCAAGCGCUGGGCGGAUGUACCCGUUAUAAGCCUCCCCGAUUCAAGUGUUUCAGAUGGCAGUUUGCAGGAAGGGGCGAGCAGGGUGAGGGGUGAUGGGGUAGGAUGGGGGUUUGGUGGGGAAGGGGAAAUGGGGAGAGUGGGGGCGGCAUUGAGUGGAGUUAGUGACGUGUCUGCUGGGGCAGGGUCAUGUGUGAAGGGGGUGUGA